GGGCGGGGAUCUGGGGAGCAGGGAAGUGCACCCUGAAGAGAGGAGAGCCUGGGAACCGGGAAGAGGCCAACAGGAAAAGCACGGCCAGAGGUCGCGCCACAGGCAGCAAUGCAACCGCUGCCAGAGUUCAUCAACCCCAGCACAGGGGCAGCCGCUGGAUUUCGACACUGGGAAGCUGUUUGGGACUUGAAUGAGGGCCCUUUCCCUGGAGUGUUGGCAACAGAAGCCAGACUACAAGCCCGAGAAGCUAACGGGGGCCAACCAAGUUUCGGGACCUGUACUGCUGGGUACUAAUGUCACCAGAGAUGAACUGUUCUUACCAGAGGUUCCUCUGUUCCUGACAGCACACCUCCCCCAGAAGAGAAGAGAGGGAGGGGCCACACUGAUCCCGCUGAAGCAUCUCCGGGAGGCGCCUCUGGAUGCCACGUGGAGGCUGCCCUUCCGCCGCAGCACGGAGCCUCUGACCGCCCAGCGCAUGGACAUGGCUCUACUCAGCAGCAUCCUGGCCACCUAUUCCUUUAUCUCAGAAAACCCCGAGCGAGCAGCGCUGUACUUCGUGUCGGGCGUGUGCCUCGGGCUGGUCCUCACCCUGGCUGCGCUGGUGAUGAGGCUGUCCUGCCGCGUGGACUGUCGGCGGCGGUCGCGUUCCCGGAAGAAGUUCCUGCCGGACCAGGAGAGCAGCAGUGACAGCAGCGACAGCAGCGACAGCGACGAUGGCAGCUCUGACAUCUCGGUCCGCAGACACCGCCGCUUCGAGAGGACUUUGAACAAGAACGUCUUCACGUCGGCGGAGGAGCUGGAGCGCGCGCAGCGGCUGGAGGAGCGGGAGCGCAUCAUCAGGGAGAUCUGGAUGAAUGGGCAGCCCGAGGUGCCCGGGACCCGGACUUUAGAGUCUCCCAUCUUCUUCUACAUCAAUUCAUAUGUGACCAUGUGGUAUGGCUAUCAUUGUACUUUUCAAGUUCAAUUCAGCAUUGAGAGUCUUACACAGCUCUUACAGGUUUAUAAGGAUUGGAUGUUCCUUCUUGAAGUUACAAUGGCUGCUCUUAACCUCACUGAUGAUCAACUUUCUAGUUCUUCCGACUUGAAGAAGUAA